GACCAGAGUCAGAAAUUAAGAGACCCUUUCAUUUCAUUCUAAAAAUGAGACCUCUUGCUGCUUUGCUUCCUCUUAUCUUCCUCAUCCUGUUUGUGGCAACUGCGGAAUCAAGAAAAGAUGCAGGAGAAUAUUGGAAAAUGGCAACUGAGGAACUGACUGUUGAAGGUUCUAAGCAUAAAUGUGAAGAAUCUCUUAUUAGAAACACAAAAGUCACCAUGGCAGAAGAUUUUAAAUCGAAACCAAGUAUUUCGAGUUACAAAAAUGGUGACAUUUAUGCUAAGGAAAAUAAGAAAGUUGUAAGAGAUUUUGGAUCGAGACCUAGCGCUUCAGCUUAUGGUCAUGAUGACACCACUACUAAAGCAAAAAAUAAAUUUAUGUUAGACUUUGAACCAAGACCAAGUGCUACAGCUUAUGGUGGAGAUGACAAUAUUGAUGCUAAAGAACACAAUGAGAAAUUUACAGAAGACUUUGAACCAAGACCCAAUGUUUCAGCUUAUGGCCAUGAUGACACCAAUGCUAAAACAAAGAAAAAAUUCAUGGUGGAUUUUGAGCCAAGACCAAGUGCUACAGCUUAUGGUGGAGAUGACAAUGUUGAUGCUAAUGAGAACAAUGAGAAAUUUGCAAAAGAGUUUGAACCAAGACCCAAUGUUUCAGCUUAUGGUGAUAAUGAUGUUGAUGUUAUGCAAAAAAAGAAAUCUGUGCAAGAUUUUGAACCAAGACCUAAUAUUUCAGCUUAUGGUGACAAUGACAUUGAUGCAAGGGGAAACAAGAAAGUUGUGAAUGAUUUUGAACCAAGACCUAAUAUUUCAGCUUAUGGUGACAAUGACGUUGAUGCAAAGGAAAAGAAGAAAGUUCAUGAAGAUUUUGAACCAAGCCCUAAUAUUUCAGCUUAUGGUGACAAUGACGUUGAUGCAAAGGAAAAGAAGAAAGUUCAUGAAGAUUUUGAACCAAGCCCUAAUAUUUCAGCUUAUGGUGACAAUGACGUUGAUGCAAAGGAAAAGAAGAAAGUUCAUGAAGAUUUUGAACCAAGCCCUAAUAUUUCAGCUUAUGGUGACAAUGACGUUGAUGCAAAGGAAAAGAAGAAAGUUCAUGAAGAUUUUGAACCAAGACCUAAUGUUUCAGCUUAUGCUAACAAUGACAUUGAUGCAAGGGGACAAAAGGAAGUUGUGAAUGAUUUUGAACCAAGACCCAAUAUUUCAGCUUACGGUGAUAAUGAAGUUGAUGCAAAGGAAAAGAAUGAAGUUCAUGAAGAUUUUGAACCAAGACCUAAUGUUUCAGCUUAUGCUAACAAUGACAUUGAUGCAAGGGGACAAAAGGAAGUUGUGAAUGAUUUUGAACCAAGACCCAAUAUUUCAGCUUACGGUGAUAAUGAAGUUGAUGCAAAGGAAAAGAAUGAAGUUCAUGAAGAUUUUGAACCAAGACCUAAUGUUUCAGCUUAUGGUGACAAUGAUAUUGAUGCAAGGGGACAAAAGAAAGUUGUGAAUGAUUUUGAACCAAGACCCAAUGUUUCAGCUUACGAUGAUAAUGAAGUUGAUGCAAAUGAAAAAAAGAAAGUUCAUGAAGAUUUUGAACCAAGACCUAAUGUUUCGGCUUAUGGUAAUGAUGACGUUGAUGUUAAGGGAAAAAGGGAUUUUGAGCCUAGGCCAAAUGUCUCUAUUUAUGAUGAAUAAAUGAGGUGAAGUGCAACUUUAAUCAAUGAUGUAACUUAUUAAUAAAGUUUGUGUGAAAUGUAUCCUAUAAAUAAUGAAUAAUAUUAUGAUAUGGUAUAUUAUGCUCUUUUA